GUAAUCUGGCAACCCAGAUCCCAUCUGUCACUUAUUCUGUCAUUGGGCAGGACGCGUUAUUUCAUGAUAGUAACACUGCUGUACGCAAGGUCAAGACUAAAGCUGCCACUUAACGCCAGGAGACAUGGGUUCGGGAGAGAGCACGACCAGAAAAGUGUCUUUCGGUGUCGACGAUGAGGACAGAGUCCGGAUCCUUCGGGGAGUCAAGCUAUCAGAAGAUGUUCUCCAGAGGAUGAGAGGAGUAGCUAACAUCCCACCAGAACGCACAUCACCAACCUCAAGCCCACAGAAAGACACAGGUGCCUCUCGCAGCCCUCGACCCCAGCAUCGGGCCCAACCCAGCACCCAGUCCAGUAAACCAGCCUCCUACGCUAAGGAAGAACAGAAAAGGUUUGAACGCCAACAGACGACACUGAAGGAGGAAGUCACCAAGCUGGGACAGAGAGAGAGCGAGGCAGCGAGGGAGGAGAAGAUUAAAGCCAUGAGCCGGGAAAGACAACACAGGCGGCAGGAAGCCGAGAAGGCCAAGCAACUGUCUCCAGAUGAGAUAAAAGUGAUGGCUCAGCAGCUACAAAAGAAAGAUUCACAGCUGAAAGCGUUGGAUGCCUUCUACAAGGAGCAGCUGGCACAACUGGAGGAGAGGAAUUGGGAGAGAUACGAACAGGGCAAGGAGCAAUUCCACCAAGCUGCCUCCAAGACGGAAGAAAACGUGAGGUCUCGUAAUACAGACCCGGUGUGUUCUGGCCUGCAGAGUCAGAUUUUAUCCUGUUACAGGGAAAACAGGGACCAGACCCUAAGGUGUUCAGGCCUGGCCAAAGAAUACAUGCAGUGUAUCAAUGCUGCAAAGAAGAACCUGCUGGUCAACCACGGAUGAAGAGAGGGUGGAAAAGGGUAACAGUUAUUUGACGAAGGCUUUUACUUUGGCACUAAGAGCAGCUCCUGCUGCAGUUCUGUUUUGAAACAUGAGAGUUGAUUUGCUGUUAGCAUGCCUUGUUUUUAAAAGUUUAUUAUUUUGCUAUUUAUCCUUUGCAUCAUCCAGUGAAGUUGCUCUAUUCUGCACAGCUACAGGGAGGCUUUUGAACAAAAUCAGUGUGUGUUAGAUUCAUGGUUGAGUCAGUACGCUUUCAAUUCAUUCUCAUUUCCAACAUCAGCAGAAAACAUUUGAGAUUUGAGUUAUAAAGAUCCUUUCAGGGUCUUUCCUUCUUUCAUCUGAAUGUGUGCUUCAGUUUACGUCCGAACCUCUGCUGCUUUUGUUGAGAUGGGAAAAGCAUUUCAGGUGUUAGAUGACCUGAGUGCGUAGUAACCGUCUUUGUUUUGAUUUCUGACUGAAAGCUGAACUGAGUGACUUAUAGUGCUUUAGACUUUUAUGGUUUUGUAUUUUUUUAACUGCACAGGAAUAAGCUCAGGUAAUCCUGGCCAUGACUCUAAUUCAUUAAACCUGUGAUGUAUGAUUUUAUUAAACCAUUCAUAUCCCGUCA